UAACUGUAAGACGAAGGUGGUGGAGUAGGUAAGAGGAGAAGAUGGCGCUGCGAUAUUUUCUCACAUACUAGGAGAUGAAAUAAUAUGAAGAUGAGGUAGUACUGGAGAUGAGGUAGCGGGUAUUGUUUCAAUUAAUACUAGGGGAUGAGAAUGAAACAUAGCGUUCGUUAGGGCAGUUGUGUGAGAAGAUAUUACAGGGUCGUGGAGGAGUUGGUGAUGGGUAAAGAAAUGAUAGUAGAUGUAGGGGUGCCACUUCUCUGUGCCUACAGAAGUUUUCCUGUUGUUCGUAGUACUUGUUGUAUUCAUCAGAAUGUGUAUGUUAUGUGUAAUAUGUGGAAGACCAAGUAUCUUGGGCGGAGAUGAAAGAGAGAUUGCUAGGCAAAUUCAUUCAUUCAGAUUAGGAAUAACUUUAUGGGUACCGUCAACCCAUCUCUUACACCAUUUUUUAGCCAAUUUCAACUUGAAAAGUGCUAAAAGAUGUCCCAAAAGAUGGGUUGUCGGUGCCUCUAAUGACUAGACAGCUCGGGUCGAGAUCGAUGGAAAGGAGCAGGAUGCAGCAAGGUAUCGCUAUCUCCGAUAGACACAGAAGCAAGUAAGUUGUAGGGGAUGACAUCAGAAUCUAUUGAACAGAUAUUGAGAUAGCGAUAUUGAGAUAGAUACGACAAAGACAGCAGAUGGAAUAGAUCUACUGGCUUUUUCCAUUGUUCAUUGGUGGAAGAAGUGUAGUAGUUUUAGAAUGUUUGCACAAAGCAAUUGUACAGUGGUUCGUCCUCGUUAUUGGAACAGUAAGUAAAAGAACUUGAAGGCAUACGUAUAACAAUCGAUAUAUUUGAAAGCAUCCAUAGAAUGGCUCAACAUCAACAAUAUCAGCUCACAUAUCUAUGUCCUCUUCUUGAUCGAAAUCAAAAAUGCGACAUGUAUAAAAAUCAUUAACUACACGUUUGGCCGAAAGUUUCUUUGUGACGAGGUGGAGACACACAGACAUAGACUUGCUUAUUUAGAGACGCUGCAGAUCUAGCGGGACACCUUACUUUCUAUGAUGUCCGACAUACGGAGAGACAACUUCGGUUAGGAGGUUGAACUCUGAGAUCUAGAGAAAACUUCGGUUUCUGUGAUUUCCCUGAGGAGGGUGAAAUCUGAAAUCCAGAGACAACACACUGUUAUGAUUGAUGACGAUAACCGCCACCCCUUAGACUUAGAGUGGAUCAGAACCAAAAAAACUCUUUCUGCACGUAGUAAGGCCGCAAAAACAUGAUUCAUUGUAAUUGUUUCACCAUUGUACAACAAGACUGCUUAAUAACAGACAAGAACUAUCUCUAUCUAGUAUCGAAACAAUUAUUAUGCAAUAACACACUUCGGGAAAAAGACUAAAAAGCACCAGAAUGACCAUUACUAGUCCUGCGUAACUAGUAGGAGAUACAAAGUGGUUAUGUUGAACUGCAACACCGGACACACAGAUAUAACAUGACCUAACUCGUAGGAGAAUGACCCAAACUUGUAGUAGUCUACGCAGAUGUCAUAACGAAAAAACUUGAUGUCGAUGGGAGUAUUCGUCAAGGAUGUAUUUAGCUAAGCAACUAGCUUCAGACCUUCACCUUGGCGACAACAACCAGGAACAUCACAAAAGUAAUGUUAACUCAAUGAACCACGAGACAGUAAUAUCGAAAAAGUAAUGUUAGCAAUCAAACAAGCACCGACGAAAAACUGACUUACAAGAAAUUAUGCGACAUCUGUUCUUGCACAAAUAAAGGUAAU